CACACACUCAACAGAUUUGUUUUUACGUAAGGGAGGGUGAGAGAGUGAAGACUUCGAAGUAAAAAUGGGAGUAGAACAUGAGACACUGAAACAAGGAGAUGGAACAACCUUUCCGAAAAAUGGACAAACAGUCACAGUGCACUACACCGGCACACUGACGGAUGGAAAGACAUUUGACUGCUCGAAGGCUCGGGGAAAGCCUUUCUUAUUCAAGCUUGGAGCCAGCCAAGUGAUUCGUGGCUGGGAUGAAGGAGUGGCCAAGAUGACUCUUGGCGAGGUAGCCAAGUUGACCUGUUCACCAGACUACGCUUAUGGCGCGAGGGGAUACCCACCGCUCAUCCCAGGCAACUCCACUCUCAUCUUUGAAGUGGAGCUGCUGAAAAUAGAUUCCUGAACCUUGAACAUCAUGAUGGAAAUCAUGAAUUAAUUAUGAUAGCUUGGUAUAAAUGCCACAAACAAAAAUGAGACCCCACUCAAGACAUUUUCACACCAUAACAAAAUCUGUCAAAUUCCCCUGUGAAAUCAGGGCUGAGAACUACUGCAGGAACGGGAGCAGUCGUCUUUGUGAUGGUCUUGUUUGUUUGUAGCAUUUACACAAAUGUUGAUACUAUUGUCUCAAAUUAAAUGUGGUAAUGAUUUAUUCAUAAUAAACUCACACACAAAACAAAUUUUGCAGUGCAGACAGGGUGGUCAUGCAUUUUAUAUUAAUGUUUUUAAUUUUUAAUUAGUUAUGUAUCAUCCAUUAGAAAUUGUACUAAU